AUGCAGCCAGAGCAGGGAGACUGCGCAAUACCUUUGGACCUGUAUAGAAACUCAUGUGUGAUGAGGUCAACUCCUGCAUCCUCUAUCCCAGUUUCGCGCAACGAGGAGGUCAUGACAAGCGCCGAUGGAAUCACGGUCACGUUGGCUCUGGCGGAACCGGUCGUCUAUUUACCACAUUUGGACUCAGCUGACCCAGCUACUGCCAGAUCGGUCAUGCUGAGUGGACAUUUGCGGCUCAGAUUGACGAAAACUAUCAAGAUAAAGAAAGUUGAACUCGUGUUCAAGGGCGUCGCACAGACGAAGAUAUCUGACGGGAUUCUUCCAAAGGAAGGACGGACCCAGCACAUAAAAGAGCUCAACAAACACGUAUGGCCGCUAUUCCUCGCAGAUGCACAAGACGGACUUUCGAUGUCAAACAUUGACUACAGGGCGAACAAUCUUAAUAUUGCAAGCCCUCUACUUGCGACGAUAACGAAGCUACAUAGGACAAAUACAGCGAUACUGAACAUCCAACACAACAAUAAAGACGCGAUGGACCUAUCACUACGAAUGAAUCACGACCAUGCCUGUGGGAUUAGUAACGGCGAGCCCUGGGCCCGUGGAGUUUCGAGGUCACACCGAGGCUACCAAGUCUUUCCUCCGGGCGAUUACACUUACAAUUUUGAACAAUUGAUCGAUUCACAUAACCCAGAAACAAUCGAAAACCAGAUGGUUUCUGUCAGAUGGCUUCUUCAAGCAGUCGUUGAACGCCCGGGAGUGUUCCAGUCUAACCUAUCUGGCAUUCGGUAUAUCCCCUUCAUCCGGAGCCCCGUGGAGGGAUGCCUAGAGCAAGUUGAGCCCAUCGCGAUAUCGAGGACCUGGAAGGAUCAGCUCCAUUACAAUAUCACCAUUAUUGGAAAAUCAUUCCCUUUGGGAUCACGGAUACCUAUCGCCAUAAAACUCACCCCAUUCGCGAAGGUUACCUGCCGUCGGAUCCAAGUCUGGGUGAUGGAAAAUUUUCAUUAUCAUGGCAAGGCCAACCAUCAUAUCGAACCGCGUAAAAGGCUCUUACUUUUCGAGAAAACGGCGCCUUCGGCAAGUCCCAGCAAUUAUCCAGGAAGCUUGACGCGAGUCACGGCUGAUGAUGGCAUUUCUUGGAACAAUCGGGCGGCUACUCUCACAGGAGAGGAUCUUGUUGAUCAUAACCGGAACAACUUGCCAGAUAAUCUCAGCGAUAGCUGUCAAGCCGGGCCAACUGAAAUGGAAUUGAAUGUACAGAUCCCGAACUGCCAAACUAUUGUGGGUAAGGAUGAAAUGCAAAAGUUGCAUUGUGACGCGACAUACGAAAGCAUCGAAAUCGCUCAUCAGAUUAUGGUAAGCGUAUACCAAGAAGCAGAAUAA